AUGGCAGAACCUGAGGGACACAUCUUGAAGAAAAUACCUAAACCCCGGUCGGGUGAUUCGCCCUCAAAUUAUGAACCAGCCUGGAAAUACUUCACGCUAUUAGGAUUUUUGAAAGAUGAGUACAUGCCUUUAGCUGCCGAAUUAAACUUAGAUGAAGAAGACAGUGUAAUAAUCGAUAACGAAAUCAAUGAUGAUAUGUCCAUUGAAGGUAUAAAUGAAGUAUUAAGUAGAAGUAAGAAUUCUCAUGCAUCUUCACCUAUUGAACCCUCUACCUCUAAUUCCCAAAAUUCAAAAAGGCGACAAAAUAUACAAGAUAUUCGGGCACAGUAUUUAGAGAUCCCCUCCUCCUGGACGCGGAAGCGUUUAGACGUGUGCAUUCUAUUUGUUUUAUAA